GUAUUUCGUUUCGCAUGUUUGAUUCAAUUAGUGCGGUUUAAAAGAUAUGCUUGGAAAUUUCUUCUAUACAAUCUUUACUUUGACAGUUUUCUUUGUUCGGAUAAAUUCUAGUUUUAAUGAUAACGCUAAUGCUGAUAACCUCAAAGGUAAAUAUAAGAUAACUUUACGUUUUUUUAGAUAUUUUUCAUCAUUUACAUUCUUAAUACUAAUAUAUUGUCUGAUAGAAGACGCCAUUUUUUUUUAAAUUAUAAAAUAAAUAAACCUGGUUUAUAAACCCUGUAAAUCUUAAAUAAUACCUUAAAGAUACUUAAUUAAUUAACUAGUUAUUCUGUUAAUAAACUAAUUAAUAGACUAAUAAUUUCUAUUAACUCGAAAGUUUUCAGAACGUUCUUUUUCUUUUUCUUUUUAACUAAUCCAAUAUAUGAGUAUCUUAUAGUUAAGUAUUUAAGUAUAUUCUUUUGAUUAUUGUUUAUCAUAGAUAUUAUAAAGGCUCUAGGAAAUCUGGUAAAGAAUUUUUUACUUGGAAUUUACCAUGUGUAAAAUAAAUAAAAAGAAAAAAACUAACUCAUUUCUCGUAUGUUAAAUAAUCAAUAAAUACUAUAGGAAAUGUUAAAGGAAAAAAAACAUUUUCAAUAAAUAAGCCUAUAAGCUAAGGAGAAAUUGCAUUGCUUGACUGAACAAGCCGAAGGUAAUUUGGAAUGCCCAGCUGAUUUUGUCAUAGAUGUUGAAUACAUUGAGCAUGGCUAUUCGAAAGAUUGUCGUAGGACAGCUGCCGAAAAAUGUAAAAUACCGACCCCCGCUGAACUGAGACAUUGUAGAGGAAGACAAAAUUGUAGCUUUAAACUUGGAUCUAAUUUCCUUCCUAAAUGUGGCAAAAGUGGUAAUUAUUACGUAAUUCGGUAUAGUUGCAUAGAGGAUGAUGAUAAUAACAUAGUGGACAUUUGUGGAGUGGAAACGGAGGAAAAAGAAUUUACGAGGGAAGUUGGCUACAUAAAGAGUCUAAAUUAUCCCAAACCUUAUGAAUCCAAUUCGUCAUGCCAAUGUAGUAUAGAAAGUAAUAAUGGGACAAUUUUUCUUAAAAUGCUGGAUGUAGAACUUCAAAGAUCAAUUGACUACACAUGUAAUCAUGAUCAUUUGGAUUACGCUUUACUCGAUAAAAAUCACACUGUACCUCUAUGUUCUUAUCCAAGAACGGAAAAUUCUUCGAAUACGGAAAGUUCAUCUCUUAUUUUAAAUUUUCGGUCCGAUGGGGAGAGUGAAAACAGAGGAUUUUGGUUGAGAUAUUCUGCUUUAACCACAGGAAAUAAACCAGGCAAAGUAACAGUAAAAUGUCGAAAACUGCCUUUUACAGAAACGAAUGAACCGUACACUCCAUCACACCUUAAGAGGAAAUCGAAACAGUGCCUUGAAGAGAAAAAUGGAGAAAUAUUCCUGGGUUGCAAGCAAGGAACUAUUAUUAAUAUAAAAUCAGCACAUCACUAUCGAAGCGAUAAUUGUACUAUCGAAAAUGAAAUACCAGCUUGCAGUGGUAAUUUUGAACAGAUGGACAAAUUCAAGAAAACUUGUAUGGGAAAAUAUAGUUGUACUUUUCAUACAAAAUCGAAAUUUCUUAGCAAAUGCGAGGCUGAUAGCAACAUGAUUCUUGUUGACUAUGAAUGCAUUCCAGAUAGGUCAAGUCAUCAAAAUGUUAUUGAUAUAUGCGGAGAAUCAACGUCGGCUAAGGAAAUCAGACGCUCUCACGGCUAUCUAAAAAGUUUAUCGUACCCUGACGAUUACCCUAUAGACAUAAAAUGCUCGUGUAAUUUAUCUGUGGGUCCAGAUGAACAAAUCCUAUUUAACCUUAUUGAUUUGGGCAUGCAAAAGAGUUGCUCUCCCGAUUUAAUCGAAUAUAGUGUAUCCAAUUCUAAAUGGGGUCUAGGUGUUCACUUAUGUAACAUGUCUGAGAGGGCUAAAAUUCAUACAGGAUUAUCAACACUGUCAUUGAAUUUUAACUCUGGCAAUGAUAAACUGAGCAGAGGAUUUUGGUUGCAAUAUGAAGGAAUAACAAAAUUAGGUGGAAAGUCGACAGUCUCCAUAAAAUGCUUUGUUAUAAAAGGCAGUAAUGAUCCUGAUGCAACUAAGAAACCUAAUGAGGAAGUAAGGAUUGAAAAAAUUACUACAUCGAACGGUAAUAAAACAGCAAUGAUUGCCGGAAUUUUAGUAGUUCUUCUACUAAUCUGUAUGAUAAUAACUGUUAUUAUCGCACACCAAUUUAGAAGACGUAAAUUGUUAUGGAAACAAUCCCAUUUCGAAACUCCAGUAUACUCAAUUCCUUCAAGGAGCGAAAGAACAUUAUGUACAUUACGAAGUGUACCCUCGACAUAUCCAUCGCCGUAUUCAACUUACACGAAUACAGCUUACAAUGAAAAUUUAUUCAUUAAGAAAAACAUUGAAGAAGAAGAGGAUUCAAACUAUGUUAAGAUGUGAGAAGCUAAAAAGCAAGAGAAAAGAGUAAAAGAAGACAACAAACAGCAAAUAAUAAAUAAUUCCAUCAAUGUUUCUUUUCUUCUCCAAUUUUUUUUCACACCGUUCUACGUCCCUCAAUCUUUUAUUUCUUUAUGUUUUUCUUUUUGUUUAAUAUAAAAACAUAAGGAAUGUAACUUUUUUUGUAUUUCUACGUUUCUCAAAUUUACACAUUAUACAAUUAUUUAUUGUCAAUCUUAAUAGAAGAUUUAUCUAAACGUUCUUAGUUUUAAUAUCUGUGCCAUAAAUAGUCA